AUGUGUUCGGGCAAGAAAGACUACACAUUACCGCGAGCAUAUCGGCUUAUCCAACUCCUCGACUGCUUGGGGAAAGUACUCAAACGACUACAGGCACAAUGCCUCGCCCACUAUGCCACAGCGUUCAACCUGGUAUCUCCCUCACAAUUCGGGGCACGCCCGGGCAGCUCAACCACAGAUGCCAUACUUACCGUAGUGCACGACAUCGAUGCUGCACGAGAUCACAAACUCGUGACGUCCGCCCUCACGUUCGACAUCAAAGGAUUCUUCGACUUCGUCAAUCACUCGCGCCUCCUCUCAGUACUUCGCCAGAAAAAUCUUCCUCUCCCACUUAUCCGAUGGGUUGCGUCAUUCCUAUCCAAUCGUCGAGCAGCCGUUUGCUUGGAUGGACAGAUGGACGAGAUGAUCGCUGUUAUUAAUGGCAUACCACAAGGCUCCCUCGUCUCCCCUAUUCUAGCUAUUUUCUAUGCAAGCGAACUCAAUGAGAUCUUCGAUAAUUGGCUGGGACCAAUCACUCAAGAAGACCAUCACCAGAAAGCCACCCGCACCUCCCUAUACUCCUUUGUCGAUGACGGCAAGCUCAUUCAGUCAUCUCGCAGCCUGGCAUACAACAUUGUCAAGCUAAGUUUUGCAUACUCUGUUGUAGUUCUAUGGUUGACUGCGGUGGGCCUGUCUGCAGACUUGGUGAAAUGA